ACGCGUUUGAAAGCUCCGUCCAUGUUUUUCGCCAAACUCAAUCUUGCCAUCACCAUGUUCUCCGGUUUUUCUCUCUAACUACUUUCGUCGUUGAUUAAUUUUAUCCGAUUCCGUUUGCUGUUAUUGCCAUUCCUUGCUUUUAAUCGUCAUCACGAAAUGGGUCUCGAGUACAUUGUUAGCAGUGUUUCCGCUGUUGUGGAGUACACAGUCGUCCCAAUCAAAAGGCGCAUAGGUUACGUCCUCAAUUACAAGAGCAAGGUUGAAGAUCUCGAGUUGCAUUAUGAGAAACUGCGAUAUUCAAUGGAGAGGAUGCAUCAUUCCAUUGAUGAAGCUAAAAGGAAUGGGGAAGAUAUCCAAAUGGAUGUCAUAAAGUGGAUGACUUCUGCAAAAGAAACCGCUUUAGAGACAGAAAAAUUUAUUGCCGAUGAAAAUCAAGCAAAGAGGUGUUUCAUUGGUCUGUGUCCAAAUUUGAUGAAGCGCUACCAGUUUAACAAGAGAGCAGAGAAGAAGAUCUUUGCUAUUGUUAAGCUGCUUGAUGAAGGACAAUUUGAGAAAAUUUCGUACCGACCUCCUCUGCAAUUAUCACUAGCUACAUCUUCGGAUGGUAGCAACUCCUUACAUUCAAGAAAGAUAAUUUUGGAAGAAGUCUUGGGUUCACUUGCAGACCCUAACAUUAACUUGAUUGGGGUUUAUGGAAUGGGAGGGGUGGGUAAGACCACCCUAGCGAAGGAGGUCUGCAGACAAGCUUUGGAACGCCGCCAAUUUGAUGUUGCAGUUAUGGCUGUUGUGUCUCCAGAAGCAGACUACCGAAGAAUGCAAGCUCAGAUUGCUGACGGGCUCGGCCUGAAAUUUGAUGAGAUGACUCUAUUAGGUAGAGCAGCCCGACUAAGCUUGCGCAUAAAGAGGGAGACGAAGAUCCUUUUAGUUUUGGAUGAUAUUUGGCAGCCAAUUAACUUUGAGGAGCUAGGAAUUCCUAAUCACAAGGGAUGCAAGAUAUUACUGACUACAAGAAAUCGAGAUGUACUCCGUAGAAUGGGUGCAGAUAUAAACUUCGCGCUUGAAGUCCUACGGGAAGAAGAGGCAAUGCGUUUAUUCGAGACGAUGGUGGGUGAUGCAAAUAAAGAUUUGGAAUUGCAACCUAUAGCAACUGAAGUGGUAAAAAGGUGUGCAGGUUUGCCCCUUUUAAUUGUCGCAGUUGCAAGAUCUUUGAGAAGUAAAGAUUUGUAUGCUUGGAAGGAUGCUGCAGAGCAGCUGUCUAGAGUUGAGGAACCAGGAAUUUAUCUUACUGUAUACCGUGCUGUGGAGUUGAGUUAUCAUUAUUUGGAUGGAGAUGAAGUGAAGUCAGUUUUCUUGCUCUGCGGUCUGCUUAGACAUAAAAAUAUUUGGAUCCCAGACUUGUUGAAGUACAGUAUUGGUCUGGGUUUGUUAAAAAACACACAUACAAUUGAUGCAGCAAGAAACAGAUUGCACAAAUUGAUCAGUGACCUCAAAGCAAGAUGCUUGUUGCUAGACGGGACAAUGAAUGGGUUCGUGACAAUGCAUGACGUUCUUCAAGAUGUCGCUGUCUCGAUUGCAUCCAAAAACGGGCAGGUGUUCAUGGUCAGAAGUGAGAGUCGACCGGUGGAAUGGCCAGAAGAUACUCUCAAAAGCUGCACAGGAAUUUCUCUGCGUUCCUGUGAUAGGCUUGAACUUCCUGAAAAGUUAGAAUGUCCAAAGCUUGAGUUUCUUUUGCUUCACGCAAAAGAUCUUUCUUUGAGUAUCCCUGAUUUUUUCUUCGAAGGAAUUCAAAAACUACGGGUGUUGGAUUUCUCUGGAAUUAGUUUCUCGCACCUACCUGCAUCGCUUGUUUUCUUAACAAACCUUCGAACCUUGCGUUUGGAUCAUUGCAUUUUGCUUGAUGUAUGCAUCAUUGGAGAGUUGAAGAAUCUAGAAAUUCUUACCUUUGUGGGUUCUGAUAUUGUUGAGUUGCCACGAGAAAUGGCGCAACUGAAUAGGCUAAAGUUGCUAGACUUAAGCCAUUGUUCCAAACUCAAAGUGAUUCCAGCAAACGUCAUAUCAUGGAUGGUUAGAUUGGAAGAAUUAUAUGUGGGCAAUAGCUUUAAUGGGUGGGAGAUUGAAGGGCUCAGCGAUCGAGGAAAUGCAAGUCUUGCAGAGGUGAAGUCGUUGCCUCACCUAACAGCUUUGGAAAUACAUAUCCAAGAUGCCAAUACAAUACCAAAAGACUUGUUUUCUGAGAGGCUGGAAAGGUUUAGGAUAUUAAUAGGAGGUGAAUGGGACUGGGAUAUUGGAAACUAUGAAGUCUUAAGACUGCUGAAGCUUAAGCUCAAUACGAGCAUUCAUUUGGAGCAUGGGCUUAAAAUGUUGCUGAAUAGAACGGAAGAUCUAUAUUUAGAUGAAAUCAAGGGGAUUAAGUCCCUAUUGUAUGAUCUAAACAUAGAAGGAUUUCCACAAUUAAAGCAUCUCCAUGUCCAGAAUAAUUCUGAAGUUAAACACGUCGUUGAUUCAGUAAAGUGGGUCUCGUAUGCUGCCUUUCCCAUCCUGCAGUCUUUGUCCCUCGAAAAUUUGGUGAACCUGAAGAAAAUCUGUCAUGGCGAGCUUGCAGCAAGUUCUUUUAGCAAACUAAGAAGUUUAAAAAUCAAGAGCUGCCAUAAAUUGAAGAAUCUUUUCGCAUUUAAUAUUAUUAGAGGCCUUUUACAACUUCAGGAAAUGGAAGUAACUAAUUGCAAAAACAUGGAGGAGAUUGUUGCUGACGAAGAUGCACACAGCAGCAAUGUAGAAUAUGAAGCAGUUGAGUUCAGUCAAUUUCGCUCCUUGGCACUAAAAGGUCUACCAACUCUCAGAAGCUUUUGCUCCAUAGCGAAGGUGCCUUCAACAGUUCAUUCAAGGUUCAAGGAUAUUGUCGAGGAGGAUGAACUUAGUAUUCCACCUCCGCUAUUCACUGUUAUGGUUCCCAACUUAGAGGAGUUGAAAGUAUCCUCGAUUCCCUGUAAAAGAAUAUGGCAAAGCCACAGCCAGUUUCCCACAGCAUCUUCACACUUGACAAGCUUGAUUGUGCACGGUUGCCACAACUUGAAGUACGUUUUCACAUUUUCAAUGGCUAAAUGUGCUCCACGACUGAAAAAACUUGAGAUAAGUGAUUGUGAGCUCAUGAACGAAAUAAUAGCAACAGACGAAUUUGCAGAAGAACCAGGGAUGUCUAGAUUGCUCUUCACAGAUCUGGAAGUCCUGAAGCUCCAGAAUCUGCCAAAUGUCUCCAGUUUUUGCAAUGCUUGUGACUUAAUUGAAUGCCCUUCUCUGAGAAACCUGUUGAUAAAGAAGUGCCCUGCCAUGGAAACACUCAUCUCUAAUUCAAUUGCAAACAACAAAGCCACCGACGAAGCAAAACUAGAGGAGAGCCACCGCUCCAAAACUCGAUCAUUCUUUAAUGAAAAGGUUGUGCUCCCUAACUUGGAAGAGAUGGAACUCUCCCACAUCAGUCAAGUGGAGAACAUAUGGCUCAGCCAACUUGCUCCAGACUCGUUUCCAAAACUAAAAAGCAUACGAAUUAAAUAUUGUGAAAAUCUGCGGAUUCUUUUCCCAUUCAAUGCCUUGUUAGCAUUCCGUAGUUUAGAGAAGCUUGGCGUAAUUGAUUGUUGUUGUCUAGAAGAGAUAUACCAACUCCAGCAGUUCAAUGGUGAAGGAAUAAAUGAGGAAGCAGAGUUUCAAUUGACAGAGUUGUAUCUAAGUGGGCUACACAAGUUAAGGACUAUCUGGAGCAAUGACCCGCGAGGAAUUUUCAAUUUCGAUAAUAUUCAUUUGAUACAUGUUUCACACUGUCAAGUUCUGAAACAUCUCUUUCCAGCCAGCAUAGCUAGGCGUCUCCCCUUGCUGAAACAGCUUGCUAUACGCUCUUGUGGGGUGGAAGAGAUUGUUGCAGAGGAAGGAGACAUGGGAGAAAUCCCUCGUUUUGUGUUCCCUCGAUUAACCUCCUCAGAACUUCAAAAUCUACCAAAUUUGAGGAGUUUCUAUCGAGGGAUGCAUACUCUGGAGUGGCCAGUGCUUAAAUACCUGAAGUUUUUUGGUUGUGACAAGGUGAUGAAGUUCAGCUUAGAAGAUGCGAGUUCCCAAGAAGAUAUCCCAAUUCAGCAAUCUCUUUUUGUGGCUGCUAAGGUUUUCCCAAAUUUGGAGGAAUUGAGUAUUGAUGGAAAAGACAUGAUGAUGAUAUUGGAAUGGCAAUUACCGAAGAAGAUCUUUUACAUGCUAAAACUUCUUGAGCUGAGGUCGUUUGAGGAAGAAUUACCUGUUUCUCUGUUUGGUUUCCUUGGAAGAUUACAAAAUCUUGAGAAAAUUGUGUUGAGCGAUUCUUCGGUUAAAGAGCUGUUCCUGUGUGAAGGAAUCGAUGUGGCUCCCGAGGGACUCCCGCGGAUAAGAUACUUGGAGCUAAAUAGGCUAUUUGAUCUGAAGAAUAAAGGGAAGCAAGACUCUCAAUUGCUUCAAAAUGUUGAAAUUCUGAAAGUUCAGUUUUGUGAAAAUUUAGUUAAUUUGGUAUCAUCCUCCGCUUCUUUUCACAAUCUAACGUAUCUAGAAGUAUGUCACUGCAACGAAUUAAGGAAAUUGGUAACAUCGUCAGUGGCCAAAACCAUGCUGAACCUUGAAAAGUUGCGGGUUGAGGAAUGUGCCAUGUUGACGGAGAUAGUAGCAGAAGAACAAGAGGAGACAUAUGAUGAGAUUGUUUUCAGCAAAUUGAAAACUGUGGCGCUUGUUGGUUUACGGAACCUCACAAGCUUCUGUUCGGCUGGCCACACUUUCAACUUCCCAUCUUUGAAAAAAGUGACUCUGGCAAGAUGCCCAAAGCUGAGAAUUUUCACCCAUGGUAUUUUGUGCACACCAAAUCUGGAGAGGGUACUGACAGAAUUUCCUGGUGAUAAGAGAAGGCGUGUGGAGAGCAGCCUCAAUGCCACCAUAGAGCAGAUGUAUGCGGAAAUGAAUGCCUGAAGAAAUUGAGAUCACCAGCCUUAAAUAUGCACAAGCUGGAAGGAACAAGGAUAUCAUUAUUUCUGGGAGAUGUCGUCAAUCGAUAUUUAUCUGAUUGAAGUUUCUUUUUUCUCUCUUUUUUUUUUUUUUUCCAUCUUCGUCUUGUUGAAGUACUAAUAUGUUCAUAUGAUCGUGUGUUAUGCUCUAUUUUCUAAGCAUAUUAGCUUUCAGAAGACUUUUGGACCAUAAAUGGCUGAAUUUGUGUGCAAAUUGUUCUGUAACGAAUUUCUCAUGUAUUUGACAUUAAAAUUUCAUUUUUGUUUGUA